CUGGCGGGACUAUGGCCCAGGGCGCAGUGAUCCAUGUGGCCCCGGGGCAGUCCAUCUAUGCCGUGUGUGUGCUGGGCACCGAGACUCCGCUGGAUGUCUACGGCUCUGCCCCCACGGGCUACACGUCCUUCAGCAUCAAUGCCUCCCCAGGAGUGGUUGUGGAUGUUGCCCAUAGCCCUACAGCCAAGAAGAAUCCCACAGGUUCCUCCAAGUGGUCCCUGGACCCUAGCCUGGAGGUGAGCCUGAGGAUGAAAGCUGUGAGCAGUGGCACAGGUGACCAGAAGGUUCAGAUUUCAUAUUAUGGACCCAAGACCAACCCCGUCCAAGCCCUGCUCUAUGUCACCGGUGUUGAAAUCUCCUUGAGCACGGACAUCGCCCGCACUGGCAAAGUGAAGCCCGCUGGAGCCAAGAAGGGCCAGAGGACCUGGACCUGGGGCCCCCACGGGCAAGGUGCCAUCCUGCUGGUGAACUGUGACAAAGAUAAUCCCAAAUCUUCCACUGUAGACUGCAAGGAUGCUGAAGUGCUUGACAGCAAAGACCUGCAGGACAUGUCCCUGGUGACCCUGUACACCAAUACUCCCAGGGACUUCACCAAGCACCAGCUGCUCCUCCACGUGGCCAAAUCGGAGAUGGACAAAGUCAGGGUGUUUCGAGCCAGCCGGGGCAAACAGGUCUCCAGGUACAGGCUGGUCCUGGGGCCACAGCAGCCCAGUCACCCCCUGGAGCUCCCAGGCGGCCAGCACAGCGUGGACUUCUACGUGGAGGGCCUCGCUUUCCCAGACGUCAACUUCCCGGGGCUCAUUUCCCUCACCAUCUCCCUGCUGGACCCGUCCAACCCGGAGCUCCCUGCCACCCUGCUUUUCCAAGACAGCGUGGUCUUCCGUGUGGCCCCCUGGAUCAUGACCCCCAACACUCAGCCCCCGGAGGAGGUGUACGUGUGCAGGGUGCUUGAAAACGCAGACUUCCUGAAGUCAGUGACAGCUCUGGCCAGGGAAGCCAAGUGCAAGCUGACCAUCCCCUCCAAGGAGCAGAGCAAGGAUGACCGGUGGAUGCAGGACGAGAUAGAGAUCGGCUACAUCCAAGCCCCGCACAAGACCCUGCCUGUGGUCUUUGACUCUCCGAGGAACAGGGGCCUGAAGGAUUUCCCCGUCAAAUACAUGCUGGGUCCAGAUUUUGGCUAUGUGACUCGAGGACCUGAAACAGGAGAGGUUACUACCUUCGACUCCUUUGGAAACCUGGAAGUGAGCCCCCCGGUCACGGUCGGGAGGAAGAAAUACCCUCUGGGCAGGAUCCUCAUUGGGAGCAGCAGGUACCCCAGUGCUGAGAGCCAGGAGAUGCACCAGGCCGUGCAGGACUUCCUCAGUGCCCAACAGGUGCAGGCCCCAGUGACGCUCUACUCCGACUGGCUGUUUGUGGGUCACGUGGACGAGUUCCUGAGCUUCGUCCCAGCACACAAGAAGGGCUUCAGGCUGCUCCUGGCCAGCCCCAGGUCCUGCUACAGAUUGUUUGAGGAGCAGCUGAAGGAGGGCCAUGGGGAGGCUGUGCUAUUCGAAGGCGUUAAGAAAAAAAAACAGAAAAUAAAGGACAUUCUGUCAGACAAGAAACUGAGAGAACAUAACUCAUACGUGGAGAAAUGCAUCAACUGGAACCGGGAGGUGCUGAAGCGGGAGCUGGGCCUGACCGAGCGGGACAUCAUUGACAUCCCCCAGCUCUUCGAGCUCCAGGAGGAUGUCAGGGGGAUCCUCAAGGCCAAAGCCUAUUUUCCAAACAUGGUGAACAUGCUGGUGCUGGGGAAGCACCUGGGCAUCCCCAAGCCCUUCGGACCCAUCAUCGAUGGCCAGUGCUGCCUGGAGGAGAAGGUGCGGUCCCUGCUGGAGCCGCUGGGCCUCCACUGCACCUUCAUCGACGACUUCACCCCGUACCACACGCUGCACGGGGAGGUGCACUGCGGCACCAACGUGCGCCGGCAGCCCUUCUCCUUCAAGUGGUGGCGCAUGGUGCCCUGAGCC